AGAAAGGAAAAGGCAGUAAAUGUAUUCUUGCGAGCGAUUGUAUCGGACUUUACCUCGAUGGAGCGUUGAGAUGACCAAGAAUAUCGGAGUUUCUGUUCGCCUACUCUGUGGAGUGUUGAGGGAUCGCCGCAUGACUCUACCUCUGUGGAGUGUUGAUCUGGAUGGAGAGUACAAGUAAAACUUAAACUUAUCGACUUUGGUAGAGAUCGCUGGGCGUCUGUUUCCUGAGAGAUCAUCGCGCGUCAUCUGUCUGUACAGAGAUCAUGAUCCUCGUCUAGCACGAAUCGCGUUGAGAGCCCCGAUUCUCAUCACUCGCUCCUGUUCGGACCAUUCCACCCUGAGCUUCGAUGAUCGACUUUGAUUUUCAUUGAUACAAUGACUUCUAAUUCUUUGGACGUCGAUCUAUCAGAGUACAUGCGCGCCGUUCUUAAUUGAAAUUCCCGUCCACGACAUUUCUUUCUUUACUCCAACAUCGCAGAUAGAGCGGCACGGCUGAACGGAAAUUUAAGUGAAUCAAAUUUCCCCGAGAAGUUUCUUCUGCCCCAACCCUGUUAGUGAGUAACCUUUUCAUCUACCGACUCUGACAUCGUUUGUCCUUGGAUACCAAUAUUUUAAACGAGGUAGCGGGACGUUGCUAGGACAUGUUUUGCUAGAAGAAGGUUGCUCUGUCCUGUAAUCUUGACACCCUUACGAGCAUAGUCGCAAAGCCUACGAUAUCUUCUUCACUUCCUACUAGCUCUACAUCGAAGACGGUCUUCGAACGAUAUUAUAGUUCGUAAAUCACCUCACGAAUAGGUACAUCAAUCAAUCAAUAAUCAAACCAGCAACAGGAACCAAAUAGGAGGUCUUCGAAAGAUAUUAUAUGAACAAAAUGGCGACUGCAAACGGAGCUGCUCCAGGAGCUGCGAAUGGGAACGGGCACAGCGGCUCGAAUGGAAUCGAACUUCCUCCCUUAUGGGAACCGGUUUUCCCACCUGCUCACAAGCUCAUCCCACUUGUGGAGGUCAAGGGCACGCCAGCGCUGAGAGCGAACAUGUCUCCAUACGAGAAGAAGACGCUGUCACCACAGUCACGGUCAGUAGAUGGAUGGCGAAAAGCAAAUGGUAUUGUAGGUAGUUGUAAACUGAAACUGAGUGGUCUGAAACUUUUGUAGACUAAGUAUUUAUUUUUUGAGGAUCAUGUUGGAGUUUGCUUUAACCCUAAACAAACUGUUGAAAUGUAUACGUUGCUGUUAAACUUUCUUCAGCGGAGGCCAGCGCGCGGCAGAAACUCAUAUCCGAUGUCUUAUCGAGAUGGUGGUUUGUCUUCCCGAUAUGGCCACCACCGAACUUUGACUAUGCUAAAGUCCUGCGCAGAGAAGGCUACAGAGAAGUCCAGAUAUCGGAAUGGAAUAAUUAUGAGUCAUGUCUUCAUCUACGUAGUGGUUGUGCCAGACAGUAAUUCUAAUAAAAGGCUGUAUUUUUGGUUUGUUCUUUGUUCUCGGCCUUUCCUUUCUCUUUCCUCUUAUAGAAUAAGAACAACUACUCGGGUCGCAACGGAAUGAGGCCGCUUUCUUGAGUUGUCACGUGGUUCGCAAAUGAAUGAAUGAAUGAAUGAAUAGAAAGAGUUUCCCCCCCUUAGAUCGAUUUUCUUCUAAGAAAAAGCCCCAGAGGAAGUCGAGGAAGCACCUGGUGGUCGAAAGUUGGCCAAAGUGUACCAAUUAGGCAACUUUCCUGGAGUGUUCCGGAAUAGCAGGGAUGAGCUGUUGGAUAUGCGACCGAAGGAUAGCUGCCCUUGCUUUGCCAAUCUCCAGAAGCAACCUUGGCAGAGACUCUGCGAAUUCGCCGUCAGAGCGUACAACUAAUAGUUUUACUUAGUUACUAACUAGCAUAGAGACCACAACUUUUGAUUAUCAAAUUAGUAUCUGAUGUGAGUUGUAAUUGUUUUUUGGUUGAUGUCGAUGUUUGUUCACAACUUGUGUUAUACGUCUAGUGGUAGUUGUAGUAUAGUAUGUAGUCUAGAUGAUCUGGUGGAAAUGGAAACGAUAACUUCAGUGAAAAAAUAUCAGAAACUAAACUGCUGUUCAACACGACUUUUCAGGUACGAGAACCAGAUUGACGUACUGAAGCAGGUUGGGGGGUACAAGCACAAAGAGCAGAUAGCCACGCUGAUGAAAGAAAUGACAAGGUACAGAGAACAACUGCGGAAGGGAAGUAGUGCGGCACUUCAUCUCACAGCCGAUGCACAGAGGAAAGUCAGAAAGAUGUAAGUGUGAGUCCCCUCUCACUAGACCAUACCUCACGAACAGGUAAAUGAAUGAACGAAUGUUGUGACAUAGAGGACAUUUAGAAGGACAUCGAAGGAAGAAAGGAGUGCUUUAUCUCAUAUCGUGAAAUGCAGUUCAUUGUCAUUCUUACUUGUAUUUAUUAGAACAGGAGCACAAAAAAGGUCGAACUAAUGAUGGAGUGGAAAAACAGAUGCUAGUAUGUAGACGCAGAAGAUAGCGAAGAAGUGUUAAUCCAGGUGGUCCUACUCGUUGAAACUGUUGCUGUUAUGCUCGUUGCUAUUGCUGUUGUUUUUAAAGGCACCAACACAAAGAUGUUGCGGUUCGCUGAAGUAGUUAUACACAGAGCGGAAAGUUGUAGGGGGUGCCUAUGUCAUGUCCACUAUGCUGAGGCGUUAGUGUAAAUUCGAGGACACGAGAGCCCAGAUGACGUUCUUUGAUUCAUGUUACGACGAACUGAGCACUUGUACAAGUGAACUACUAUCUAGAAGAGUGCUGUGAUGGAGACGUGGCGGUCGACCUCGACGUGGUGUAAUGAAGCUGUCCAUGAGAAUACUUUUUGAAACUAUCUUCAUCGCGAGGGCCACCAGAGAUGCCAUGAUGACGAUGGAGGCCGCUAU